UCGGAGGGAGGGAUGUGAUUUAGAAAUGUGUGUAUGCCUCUAGUUGCGGCUAGCGAAGUAAUAGCUGUUAUGAAUGCAGCUGAUUGGGGAAAGUUUCAAAAGGCCACAACAAUAUAAAUGGAAUAAAGAUGCUUCAGGAGUGAGGGAAGGAUAAAAAAACAAAAAUCUGUUUUAUAAAGGUUCAUUUGAUUUUACAGCUCAGUACUAAGGAUUGUCAAACCUUUGAAAUUGCAGUGGUGCCCCAUCUUUCCUGCUUGCAGGCAGGCUGAGUGGGGCCAGGUCCAUCCGCUGGCCAGAUCAGGUCAGUGGGCCCAGUACAGCCAACUGGGUAUAUUAGGCCCUGUCCAAACCAUAUCUAUGCACCUAGGUAGGGCCCCCUGCUCAACCCAGCUGCAUGUAAACAGGGCCCAAUCCCUCAGCAUGGGACCAGUCUGGCCCAGGCUGAUGCAGCCAGGGAGCACUGCGGGUGUUAAUUGAUGCCACUCCCUACUGCUAAAUUUCUGGACCCAUAGGGAGACCUUUGGACUAGAUUAAAUAGCUCUGCAGGCCAGGGAUUGAGGGUGUCCAGUUUGAACUUAAUUCCAUCUAAAGCCAUUAUACUUGAAGUUUGGAAGAGAUUUAUUUUUAUAUUCGAUACAAAUUAUCUGUUUAUGCAUAAAGUACAUGCUGAACACAACUGGACAGGUCUCUUGUACCCAGUUAAUUGUGAACAGUGCUGCUUCCUUUAAGUAAAGGUUGGGUGUGUUCUCUCUCGCUUUGUUGGCAGAGAUUGGAAUGCAGAAUAGAAAUACACAUUUCUGAGGGAACUGCUGUUGAAGUUGACAAUGAGCGAGGUGCUCACUUUACAGGAAAAGCAAGAGGAUGAGGAGGCAGAGGAAAGUGAAGAUGACAUGACAUGUGGAGACUUGGGAAAUGGACUUGGAAGAAGACCUGGUGGUGUCUAUGAAACAGGUGGUUUAAAUGUGCACACAUUUAGAUCUAGGAAAGGUUCUGAUAAGAUUUUCAGCCCUUUUCUCUCCAGGAAGAAAAUGGAAGAAAAUGAUGUGGCUGUUUUUCACUGUUCAAAAUGUAAUGGGUUAUAUGAUGUUUCAUCCAAGAAGUUUGGAAUAAUUGGAGCUGCUAGUUUCAGCCGACAAAAUAGCUCUGAGUCUAAUUCUGAAGUGCCAAAUGAAGAAUUAAAGCAGCACCUUCGAGACGCUCUAGAGGAGAUAGAGAUCUUAAAAGUUGAGCUGGAAACAUCACAAAGACAACUUGAAGGAAAAGGUGAAGCAUUAAGAAUUCUACAAAAUAUGGCUGUGUUUAAUAAAGCCACUAGUCAUACAAAGGCAAUGCUUCAAAAAGCUGAGGAAGAAAAGAGAACUUUAGAAAAGGAAAUAAAUGCUUUGCAAUGGGAGAUUGAAUAUGAUCAGGAUCGAUUUAAAAAUGUAGAAGAGACAUGGACAGAAAAAUAUGAUAGGAUAUAUUGUGAAAAUGCAGCUCUUAAGGAAACUUUGAAACUGAGAACAGAUGAAGUUAAAGUUCUUAAAUCUGAAAAUACAAUUCUGAGUCAGCAGCACUUGGAAUUUCUUGCAAUGCUUGAUGUGAAACAACAGAAGGUUGUUCAGGAAAACAUGUCUUUUAAUAAAACUGGAUUUACAGACAUUACAGGUCUUGAAUUGGCAGUUCUUGGAGCCUGCACCUGUAAUCCUUCUGGAGAGCCCUGUUCCUGUGCCAAAAUGUCAGCUGUAACUCGAAAGCAGCUCCUGCAGCUCAAACAAGAGACUGAACAUCUGAAGAAAAGUAAAGAUGAAGCUUACAUAAUGGCAGAUGCCUUCAGGAUUGCAUUUGAGCAGCAAUUAAUGCAGAGGAAGGACCAGGCUCUGAAGUUCACACAAGUGAAUAAGCUCUGUAAAAAAGAAACAAAAUUUAUAAACUGGAAACGUCUAAAAGAGGAUGGACACAUCACUUCACAAGGGAACAAGAAAAGUCUGGGACAAAAAUUAGCAGGCAUGCUCAUUUCUGAUGCAGACUGUAGGAAAAUAGAAGAAUUGCAUAAUCCUCAUGAAGCACUUCGGGUGUUAGUAGAUUUGCUGAAUGAUAAAGAGGAAGCUUUGGCUCAUCAGAGGAAGGUUAGUUACAUGCUGGCCCGUGCAAUGGAAUUAAAAGAGGAAACUUCAAAGCAAAGUAAAGAAAAUAAUCUUUCAGGAGAGAGCAUAACUCAGAAGAACUGUCAAUACAGCACCACAGAAUCCCAAGAAUCAUCUCAUUGUGCAAAUUCUUGUUGCCAAAAUCCCGGUUCUCAGAACAGCACUUGCUCAACUUACAAUACAAAAGUAUUUAAAAAUUCAUUGAAAUCACUUAGAAAAUCAUAUUCCUGGCCCCCUGGGACCAUGUGUUGUAAAGAAAAUGAUGCACACAAAAUGGGUAGAACUACAGAUGUCGACUCUACAUCUUAAAUACACUUGGAAUUUAAAAAGUAAAAGUAAAAGAAAAAUGUUUGGUAAUGCCAAGGGAUAAGGAAACCUGCAGAAGCUGGAUGUUAUCCAGGAAGUGCCAAACAUGUAAAUGUUACAUUUGUAAUCAAAAUCCCAGGAAAAUCUGUUUUAUAAGCUACAUAUAUGCAAUUAUUUCAAUGCUCAGGUUAAAGAAGUAUGCUGCUUUAAAGUUUUAAAGCUCUUCUGAUGCUGUUUUCAUACUGUAUAACGCUAUAGAUUGUUUGUGGCCUCUGUCCCUGUUAAAAUGAAAGGUCAGGAUCAGACAUUUAUGGCACACUUGGUCUAUGAAUUAAUGGAAGUUGUUGUUUUUACCCUUUUUCAUUCUUAAUCGCGUGUUAUAUAUGCUAAGAAGUUAUAUCAGGAUUGGGAAAGAAUCAAAAUGUCUAUAUUGUCAAUACAGAACUAGAAAAUCCCAAGAGUCAACUGAUUUUGUGCAUUUGUGUUGCCAAAAUCCUGGUCCAACAGUGACUCCAAAAUGUGUGGAAAAUCAAGAGCCACAUCGUGUUAUAGCUGCUAAUGUCAGUUAAUGAACUAUAAUAGUACAUGUAUUUCAGAAUACUAUAUGUACAACACAGCUCCUCUGGAAAGAGGUUUUCAGAUUUGAAAUUCCAGUAUAUAGCUUUGUAGUUUCAGAGAUUGUGUUGUAUUAUGAGUGAGUUAAACACAUAUUUACAUUAUGAGAGAUUAAUUUCCUGAGCCUAUAGUUAAACAGGAACUGUUUACACACAGUCUAAAAGCUGCUUUAAAAUUAGACUUCCUGGAAAAUAACCUUCCAAUUCCCAACUGAUUUUUCUCAUUGACUGAAAAAACCCGAAAACAUUUAAUUGUUUACUCCUAAUAUUUAGUAUAUUUAUAAUGCCUUUGGAUGUUAUGAAUCCUUGAUGCAUUUGGAUCAUGUUAGUCACAUAAAAACCUCUAUUUCAAUAUAUAACUUGUUGAAUUCCAGGCAACGUGGCAGAAUCAUUUGUUUAACAAUUACUGCUAUUCAUAGUGUUUUACUUACGGAUUAAUACUUGACUAGUUAAAAAGUUGGAAAACCAGAAAAAUUUGCAGAACUGUUUAUUUACUGACUAGUAUUCAGUCCUUUGUAUCCAGACCUAUUCUGAUGCAACUGAGGAUGUAUAUGGCACACAGCGACUAUUAAAGAGAACCAAGUAACUUUUUAGAUUUUGUGUGUCUAAGCAAUGGAAAUAUGGAAUGAAUAGUAGUUUCUGCUAAAGGGAAGCUCAGGAUUAGUAUUUAAUGGUGCUGGAAGACCAGUGUGAAAACCAAAUGUGUUUCCUUGAAGUCUUAAGAAUUCUGCUGUUAAUUAGAAGUGUGAUUUAGGCCUAACUAUAUUAAGAACCUGACCAAAUUCAAGCACAAUGGGGUAGUAUAGCUGGGGACCAACUUAAUAUCUGUUAAGUCCAAAACAUGCUUAAGGUUCUCUUUUAGUGAAACAUACUUAAUAGUUUAUUGCAGCCCCUUAGAAAAGUUAACAUACCUGUGCAAGACACCUGUGCGUGUACUAUUGUUGGCUCGUGCUGUUAAACAUUGUUUUAGAGACACUGAAUUUCGUCACAAAUGAGAUGAUGUUGCUGGACCCUAUCCUAUUCCCCUCAAAGUCAGUGGUACAGCAUGGUCCUACACUUUGAUUAGGAGCUCUGGGUACUACCACCUUACAAGCAACAAAUAAUAGAGCUUAAUCAGAAACUUCUUGCCAGUCAUCAGGUUAGCAUCUGAUGAACUAGGUUGGUGCCCAUGAAAGUUCAUGCCUUUCUGAACUAGUUACUCUUUAAGGUGUCCCCUGCCUGACUUCAGACUAACACAGCUAACCAAAUCUCUGGUCAGAAGCUUGUUUGAAACCAAGGUACUAUUGAUAUUUUUUAUAAAUUGAACUUGAAUUAUUUAAAAUGUUUAUUUCUGUUAGACUACGUAUAUUUCCAGACUUGUGAAAUCCUAUUUGGCAAUACAGUUUUAUGUAUCUGUGACUAUGCUAAGCAGCUCUUUUAUUCCAGUUCUAUAAUAAAUUCCAGUAAACUUUGGUAAUUCUUAAGAACAGAUUCCCAUGACACAAGCAUCUUAAAUUAUACAAUUUCUUGUUAGAUCAGUCUGGUGAAAUUAUUUCUUCUCAACUUCAUAUUGUUGCUAGUCAAAACGUGGAAGGCAGCAUCCAUCUUUCUUAGCUUUUUGUAUUUGUUUCAGCAUCUUAAUGGUUAUUACAUAUAAUUGUGAACUUUACAAAAAAAAAAAUCUUAUUUUUAGUUUUGAAAAUGAAAUUCUUUGUUAAACCAGACUGCUACUGUUGUAGCAGGAUGAGCAAUAUAUGCAUGUGUGAGAGAGUGUCCUUGCACAGUAGUGGCCUACAUUUCAAAGGUAUUAUGUGGACAUCAGUGGAAGAUUGAGUUGCUCAGUACCUCCUAAAGCGGGGUUAUAAAAUGUUUUAAGUUUUA